UUUAACGCGGCUUGUAAAUUUUCUAAAACUUAAUAAAUUAAAGCUUUAAGACGCUGUAUAAUGGAUAUAGACGAGUUAUUUGACUGCUUCGAGGAAGGGGCGCCGGAGGAUGCUCCAGAACCGACACCAGCACCCAGCAAAAAAACGCAAGCGACAAAAACGGAAUCCGCAGAGGCAGCGACCGACAACAAUAGCACAUGCUCGAGAAAACGUCAAGCGGCAGAAAAGAAAACACCAGUAAAGAACAAAAAUUCGGCAGAAGAACCUGCGAAGCGCAUACGUGCAGAUAAAACAAAUGAAACCGAGAAUGAAGGCAUAGAAGAAAUCGAUUCUGACAUUGAAAUAAAAGAUGAAAAGCCAGCCUCAGAUACCGAGGAGUUAGAUGAGAUGGCGCUGGAAGAACUGCGUGUGCGCAUUGUUACACACCAGUUAGUCUCACCUGAGUCAUGCACACACGAAGUAGCCGCUCAUCCCGAUCAGGAGUAUAUACCAUUGCAACCAUUUACAGGCGUACCAGCCAAAGAGUAUCCAUUUGUGCUUGAUCCUUUUCAAAAGCAGGCCAUACUUUGCAUAGACAACUCACAGAGCGUGCUCGUCUCAGCUCAUACCUCAGCAGGUAAGACUGUAGUGGCUGAGUACGCCAUAGCCAAGUCCUUGGCCGCCAAGCAGCGCGUUAUAUACACUACGCCCAUAAAGGCGCUGUCGAAUCAGAAGUUCCGUGAGUUCACCGAUGAGUUUCAGGAUGUUGGCUUGGUAACUGGCGAUGUAACAAUCAAUCCUUCUGCUUCCUGCUUGAUUAUGACCACCGAAAUUCUACGUAACAUGCUUUAUCGUGGCAGCGAGGUAAUGCGCGAAGUCGGUUGGGUUAUUUUCGAUGAAAUCCACUAUAUGCGCGAUAAAGAGCGUGGUGUGGUCUGGGAAGAAACGCUUAUUCUACUGCCGGACAACGUGCGCUAUGUUUUCUUAUCGGCCACCAUACCAAAUGCUCGCCAGUUUGCCGAGUGGGUUUGUCAUCUACACAAGCAGCCUUGCCAUGUGGUCUACACGGAUUAUCGUCCAACGCCACUGCAACAUUAUAUAUUCCCAGCAGGCGGCGAUGGCAUACAUCUAAUUGUUGAUGAGAAGGGUCAGUUCAAGGAGGAUAACUUUACCACCGCCAUGGCUGUGCUAGCCAAUGCAGGUGAAGCGGCCAAAGGUGAUCAGAAGGGACGCAAGGGUGGCAUCAAAGGUCACAAUUCGGGCCAAACAAAUAUCUUCAAGAUAGUCAAGAUGAUUAUGGAACGCAACUUUGCUCCGGUCAUUAUCUUCUCGUUCAGCAAGAAGGACUGUGAGAUUUAUGCCAUGCAAAUGGCCAAGCUGGACUUUAAUACGCUGGAGGAAAAGAAGCUGGUGGACGAGGUGUUCAACAAUGCCAUGGAUGUGCUCUCCGAGGAGGAUCGUCGACUGCCGCAGGUAGAGAAUGUGCUGCCGCUGCUGCGUCGCGGCAUAGGCAUACAUCAUGGUGGACUGCUGCCCAUACUGAAGGAAACCAUUGAGAUUCUGUUUGGUGAGGGCCUCAUCAAGGCGCUCUUUGCUACCGAAACCUUUGCCAUGGGCUUGAACAUGCCGGCGCGCACUGUUUUGUUUACGGCGCCACGUAAAUUCGACGGCAAGGACUUUCGCUGGAUCAGCUCGGGCGAGUAUAUACAAAUGGCUGGACGUGCGGGACGUCGUGGUCUGGACGACAAGGGCAUUGUUAUUUUGAUGAUCGAUGAAAAGGUAUCGCCCAUGGUGGGACGAGAUAUAGUGCAGGGCAAGGCGGAUACCUUAAACUCUGCCUUUCAUCUUACCUAUAAUAUGGUGUUAAAUCUGCUGCGCGUGGAGGAAAUCAAUCCGGAGUAUAUGCUGGAGCGGAGUUUUUAUCAAUUUCAAAAUCAAGCAGCACUGCCCAUACUGCAUGACCAAGUGCAGCAAAAGAUGCAGCAGCUGGAGAAGCUCAGCAUCAAGGAUGAGCACAACAUUGCCAGCUAUCAUCACAUACGUGAGCAGCUGGACUUCAAUGGCAAAAGGUUUCGCGAGUGGCUGACCAAGCCGCAGUACCUAGUGCCCUUUUUGCAGCCUGGACGUUUGGUUAAGGUCUCGGCCGGCAAGCAGGAGUAUGACUGGGGCAUUGUGUUGAACUUUAAAAAGCAGGAUCAGAGUCGCAAGAAUCCGCUCAUUAAGAGCGAACAAAGUGUUGUGAUUGAUGUACUGCUGCAUGUCAGCGAGGAGGCAGCUAAGACUGGGGAUACGGAGCCUUGUCCGCCCAACGAGCGCGGCUGCAUGGAGGUGGUGCCAGUAGCGAAUACGUUGCUUACGCAGAUUAGCUCCAUACGCGUUUACUUUCCCAACGAUCUGCGCACGGCGGACAAUCGACGCGCUGUGCUAAAAACUAUACAAGAGGCCAAGAAACGCUUUCCCUUGGGUCCACCUGUGUUGCAUCCCAUCGACGAUAUGCACAUCAAGGAGCCAGAGUUUCGCCAGAUUGUAGAAACUAUUUCACAGUUUGAAAAGCUGCUUGACGAGCAUCCACUACACAACUCGCCGGAGCUGGAGCGCGUGCAUAAGAAGUAUAUGGAGAAGCUGCAGCUGCAGACGGAGAUGCAGGGGCUCAAAAUGGAACUGAAAGCUGCGCGUAGUUUGCUGCAGAUGGAGGAGCUCAAAUUUCGCAAGCGCGUGCUGCGUCGCAUGGGCUACUGCAAACCCGGUGAUGUCAUUGAGUUCAAGGGCCGUGUAGCCUGCGAGCUGAGCUCUGCGGAUGAGCUGCUGAUUACCGAAAUGAUAUUCAACGGCGUCUUCAAUGAUUUGACGCCACCGCAGGCUGUAGCGCUGCUCUCUUGUUUUGUUUGCGACGAAAAGUCAAAUGAGGCACCACAGAGCGCUACAGAGCUCUCCGGACCGUUGCGUGCGCUGCAGAAUCUAGCACGCCGCAUUGCUCAGGUGAGCACGGAGUGCAAGCUACACAUUGAUUCGGACAAUUAUGUGGAUAAGUUCAAGCCUUUCUUGAUGGAUGUUGUGCUGGCUUGGUGCAAGGGCGCCAGCUUUUUGGCCGUCUGCAAGAUGACGGACAUUUUCGAGGGCUCGAUUAUUCGCUGCAUGCGACGGCUGGAGGAGCUGCUGCGUCAGCUGUGCCAGGCCUCCAAGACCAUAGGCAAUACGGAUCUGGAGAAUAAGUUCUCCGAGGGCAUACGUCUGCUCAAGCGCGACAUUGUCUUUGCUGCUUCCCUGUAUCUCUAAAAUUAAGUUUUAUAGAUUUUCGAUAGACAACGAAUAGGAGACGAAACAAAUGUUCAAUAUACAGUUACAGUUACAGUUACAUAUAUUUGAUUGGACAAAAUACAAAUUACGUGUAAAAUGCGUAUGAGAAGAAUUAGAUUAAACAUAUAAACUAAGUGUAUUUCUUAUGUUUUCGCACAUAUAAGUUGUUAUAUACAAAAUGUGUUCAAUACAUAUACAAUAAAUGGAUUUACACGUUGCAUAUGGAAAACAUAAAAAAUUAUUGGACGGUUCACACUGAUUGGUAUGGUCAUUGUUUGUGCUAUAUAUGCGACACAUAAAACAUAUAUAAAAUCUAGUUGCUAAGGCACUUAAUGUUAAGCUAGACGACGAGUUAGCAGAGGCACUUAUAUAUUUUUUAAUUAAAAAUCAAAAGCGUACAGCAUAAUCAAAAUGUAUAAGCUUAAAUAAAAUUUUAUAAAUAUUGUAAUGCAUACAAAAUGUUUAAACUAAAAUACAGUUUGUUCUUUCGAUUCUGUCAUAAAUUAGAAAUUUAGAAACAAUGUCUUAAAUUAUAGAAUGUUAUAUACAUGCAUAGGCGUCGCCUCCUUCGAUUGCAAGGCAGCAGCUUAUGCGAUGGAAUGUCAUUGAUAUGGAUUCGUAUUCGUUGGGUUUAUCGAACUUAACAAAUAAACGACGUUAAAAAAACAAAUACAACUAAAAUGUGUGAAGAGAUCUUACAGAUCUGUAUAAAUAUUAAUUACAAACUAAACAUAAAACAAACACUAAAA